AUGAGCACCUUUGCCUUCUUUGCAUUGGCUGCCUUGAUUAACGCCGUCUCAACGAGUGAGUACGGCUACGGCUACGGUGAAUAUGGCGCUGGCCAUCAUGGACACGACCAUGGUUCGAAGUAUGGCGCUGGCUACACCAAAGGGUUCGACGAAGGAGGUUACGGCGACUACGGCAGUCACAAGUACGGUGGAUGGGGAGCUUACGCCAAAGGGAAGGAGCAUGGAUCGUAUUACGGGUCUGAGUAUGACGACGACUAUGGUAAAGGGCACCACGGCAAGGAGCACCACGAAGGCGGUUUCGAGUAUCACGACGGUGAUCAUGACCAUGGACAUCAUGGACAUGAUCACGACCACCAUCACCACCCCCACGGACAUCACCACGGUUUCGACCAUCAUCAUCACCCGCAUGGACACCAUCAUGGUUUCGACCACGAUCACCAUGGUCAUGGACACGACCACCAUGACCCUUUUGGACAUCAUGAUUUUGAUUUCGACCACGACUUCGGUCACCACGACGAUCACCACGGUACGGUUUUGGCAUUGUAG